GUUAAUUAUUAAUUAGGAGAUUGAAAAAUGAUUGUAGGUGAUGAAAAGAGAUCAAAAGAUCAUAUACCAAUUGCUUGUAAAGAUGCAGUAGCAAUCUUGUUCAUGUUUGAUCUAACCAGUCGAUCUACUCUUAACAGUGUCUUCGGGUGGUAUAGCCAGGCAAGAAAAUGGAACAAGACGGCAAUUCCGAUUCUAAUAGGAACAAAAUUCGAUGACUUUGUUCGGCUCCCACCCAAUCUUCAGUGGACCAUUGUCACUCAGGCAAGAGCGUACGCGAAGGUGAUGAAGGCAUCAUUGUUCUUUUCAAGUGCAACACACAACAUAAAUGUGAACAAGAUCUUCAAAUUCAUUUUGGCUAAACUUUUUAAUUUGCCUUGGAAGAUUGACAGAAAUUUGACCUUAGGUGAACCCAUUAUCGACUACGAUUCCUAAUUUAGUCUACUUUAAUUAUAUU